UAACCAAGCAAAAUAAGGGCAGAUUAAGAAAUAAACAACACUAAUCAACCAAAAAUCUUUAUAUAUGACAUCUUCAAAUAUAUUAUGCUAUCAAAGUACAAAUCUGCUAAAGUGUAGCCAAAAGCACUUAAAAUGUAAGGGGAAGCUGACCCAAGCAAACCAACUGUUUAUCUCAGUUGCUACUCUACAAUUGUCCUUUCGUCCUGUUACUGUAAAUAUAUGUAAAUAUGGAUGAAUCAACACUGAUCACAUGUAGCCUACCCUGCUGCACUCCAUAUAAAUUAUCCUUGCAAAUUUUACAGCACUUGAAGGACAAGUUUUAGGUCUUUGCAGAUUAAAUUAAUAUGAUCUCUUGUGCAUUCAGUCUCAUCAUAUAUAUUCAAAUCCACACUGUCCUCAAGCGUCAUAGAGCUGCCAAUAGACAGCAUUACCCUUUACUGGGCUGAUAUGGAGCUCUUUGAGAAUGAAUUUGUGCAUUGCAAUUGGUUUGAAGGUAAAUUAAUGAAAGCUAUUAUUAGUAACUUGCCUGGGGCAAUGCAGCACAUGUGCCGUUGCUCAAAUCAGCAGUGUUUCUGUUCCAGCACUCUCAUCAAAGUAUCUGUCUGCUGCCAUUCACUUAUACACAACCUCAUGGACACAUUUACAAAUAAAAUGGUAGAACUGAACUACAUGGAGAUUUUGUUUACAUCUCUAGGUACAGAACUGAAACAUACUGUAGCAGUUCAUGUGCUCACAAAGGAUUCUGAUGCAAAAGUGUCACUCACAUUCAGUGUUUUUAUCAAAAGGUUUCAUUCUUUCCUUUUUGUUGCGAUUAUUCAGUUUAAGCCUGUUGCUUUCGCCGUGCGCACAAACUUCACCUACACUCCUGCAGAUGAUGACAACGUCCCCAUACCAGGGCACGGAGUUUCUUUUGAAGCUAAAGACUUCCUGCAUAUCAAAGAGAAAUUUAACAAUGACUGGUGGAUUGGACGGCCUGUAAAGGAAGGGGGAGAGGUUGGUUUUAUCCCCAGCCCGGUGAACCUGGAGACGAUUCUGAUCAGAAGAGAGAUGCAGGCCAGGAAGGCCGCCAAAGCGCUGGCCAAUAAAGCGGCUAGUGCUGCUAAAGAUGAUAUGAAUGCAAAGAAAGCAGCUCCACCACAAACAGUUCAGCAAGUGAAGAAAAAAUCGGGAGAGCAACUGGCUGCAUAUGAUGUUGUGCCUUCCAUGCGUCCUGUGGUGCUCAUGGGGCCUUCGCUAAAGGGCUAUGAGGUUACAGACAUGAUGCAAAAAGCUCUCUUUGAUUUUUUAAAACACAGAUUUGAAGGAAGGAUUACUAUCACCCGGGUGACGGCAGAUAUUGCACUUGCCAAGCGAUCAAUCCUUAACAACCCCAGCAAGCACGCCAUAAUGGAUCGCUCCAACACCCGUUCCGGUUUAGGUAAUCACUACUUGCUGUUUUCUUAA